CUCUGCUCCACCUCUGGCCCUGCUCUCCACAGAAGAAUGAAUACCUGCUCUCCCUGCUGGCGGAGGAGAGGGACACGCUACUGCUCGGCCUGAGGUACUCACCCACACAGCUGCACUUCCUAUUUCUCAGCGAGGACCUGGCUGGUGCCUGGCAGACCCGUGUGUCCUUCUGGAGCCCUGGCCUCAUGGACAGCCGGUGGCAUACUCUGAUCUUGGCUGUGUCCCAAGGAUCCUUUUCCCUCACCAUGGACUGUGGCCUCCCAGUGGACAUAAUGGCUGACGUUUCCUUCCCACCCGCCCUAUCUGUAAGAGGAGCCCGGUUUUUCAUUGGCAGCCGGAAGAGAACCAAAGGCCUAUUCACAGGCGUGAUAAGGCAACUGGUUCUGCUGCCUGGCUCAGAUGCCACCCCACAGCUGUGUCCCAGCAGGAACCCCAGGCUGGCUGAGCUGUCCAUCCCACAGGUGCUGAAGAGGCUCACAGAGACUCCCGAUGAUAACGAAGUGCUGAAAUAUCCCUAUGAAGCUGACAUGAAAGUAACCCUGGGAUCCCGGCCACCGUGCACCAAGGCAGAGGGUGCCCAGUUCUGGUUCGAUGCUGCCCGGAAGGGACUGUACCUGUGUGCUGGCAGCGAAUGGGUCUCUGUGUUGGCAGCCAAGACCAAGCUGGACUACGUUGAAGAACACCAGAGUCUGCACACCAACUCAGAGACACUGGGCAUCGAGGUGUUCAGUAUCCCUGGCGUGGGACUCUUCGCAGCCGCAGCCAAUCGGAAGGCUAGAUCAGCCAUCUAUAAGUGGGCAGAUGGGAAAUUUGUCUCCUAUCAGAACAUCGCCACACACCAGGCGCAGUCAUGGCGACAUUUCACCAUUGGGAAAAAGAUCUUCCUGGCUGUGGCUAACUUUGGGCCAAAUGAAAGGGGUCAAGAGUUCUCAGUCAUCUACAAAUGGAGCCCCAGGAAGCUGAAGUUCACCCUUUACCAGAGGAUCGCCACCCACAGCGCCCGUGACUGGGAGGCCUUUGAGGUGGGCGGAGAGCACUUCCUCGUGGUAGCCAACCACCGAGAAGGGGACAAUCACAACAUCGACAGCGUGGUCUACAGGUGGAACCCCAGCAGCCAGCUCUUCGAGGCUAAUCAGUCCAUUGCCACGUCCGGUGCCUACGACUGGGAGUUCUUCACCGUGGGGCCAUACUCCUUCCUGGUGGUGGCCAACACCUUCAAUGGCACCUCCACCCAGGUGCAUUCCCACGUGUACAUCUGGCUUGUCGGCGCCUUCCAACUCUUCCAGUCAUUCCUGACGUUCGGAGCUGCAGACUGGGAGGUCUUCCGCAUCGGCGAGAGGAUCUUCCUCGCGGUGGCAAACAGUCACAGCUACGACGUGCAGAUGCAGGCCCAAAACGACACCUACGUCCUCAGUUCCGUCAUCUACGAGCUGAACGUCACGGCUCAGACCUUUGUCAAGUUCCAGGACAUCCCAACCUGCAGUGCGCUGGACUGGGAGUUUUUCUCCGUGGGAGAAGAUCACUUCCUGGUGGUUGCGAACUCCUUUGACGGAAACACCUUCUCAGUGAACAGUAUUAUUUACAGGUGGCAAGGCUACGAGGGCUUCGUGGCCGUACACAAACUCCCCACCUUUGGCUGUCGGGACUGGGAGGCCUUCAACACCACUGGUGGCUCAUACCUCAUCUAUUCCAGCGCCAAAGAGCCCCUCUCCAGGGUCCUGAAGCUGAGGACUGGCUGAAGUCACCUGGACCCCGCUGCCUCCCCUCUCCCCCAACGUCCACCAGCUAGGCAUGUGCAGCAGGCCACACCCACCCAGCCCUCUCUGGUCCUGGGGCAGGUGGAGAUGAUUGGACACCUCUCUACAGUCUCUAAGCUGGCUCUCCCCCCACCCCGUCCCCCAGCUGAGGGCUGUACCAGAACCACAGUCCUGGUGACU